AGCAGGGGACGAUCCGCUUGACCACGACCCUUUGCCCAUCAACCACGCGUUGAGUCAUGUGAUAUCAAAUUUGUACAGGAGGCGCAUAUCCAGGCUCGCGACUCCCGUCGUUUCUAGCCGCCAUUAAACUCUCAGGACUCCGUAGACCUGUUCGCAACAACGGGUUGUGGUGAGGCGACGUUGGUUCCGGUUUCAUACCCAAAAUGGCGUCCCUCCCGUACCAGCGCCUCAACGUGUGCGGCGAGGUUGUCUUCUGCGCCCAAGGAGCAAGCAUCCACGCCUUCAACCUCAAAAGCCAAGCAUAUCUCGGUACAUGGAGCCACCCUGCUCUGGCCAGCCAGAGGACUGGCUCGGACUCCGUCCCCUCGGCCGCGCCGGACACAGCUGCGAAGCCCGAUGCCGGCCCGGCCCAGUCCGAGACGCCCCCGACGGGGCCAGCCGACGGUGAGGAACCGGACCGCCCGUCCAAGAGGGCGAAGCUAGGUGCAGACCUAGACGAAACCCAGGGCAGUGCCGGCGCCGCUGAUACUCCUGGCUUGGCCGCAGCAGAGAACCUGUCGGUGGCGCCCGAGGGAGGCGCCCCGGCACAGGGGAAGAAGAAAAAGGGAGCCAAGGUGGCAGCGUCCUCGCGCCCGACGGACCGUCCCUGGGUCACGCUGCUCGAGGCCACGUCGGACGGCCGGCACCUAGUGGCUGUCACCGGAAGUGACAAGACCCUGUGGACGUUUGAGCACGACGGCAACGGUGCACUGAAAGAGCUCAGCAAGCGAGCAAUGCCCAAGAGGCCCUCCUCGGUCGUCAUAACCGCAGACAACGAGACAGUCAUCUCGGGAGACAAGUUCGGGGACGUCUACUCAGUUCCACUCAUCCAAAAGGAGACCAGCUGCCCCGCAUUCCCGACGGCUCCGGGCCAGGGGACCCCAACCCCCGCCCCAGCCGCGCGCUCGCCGUUCAAGCCGCAGGCGGACGAGACCACGGUCCACUCGGCCAGGAACCUCCGGGCCCUGGCCAGCCAGAAGCUGCACCUGGAGCAGCAGAGGCAGCAGCAGAAGGAGGCGGACGAGGCGGCCGCGGCCGCGGCCGCGGCCCCGCCUGCCUUUGAGCACAGCCUGCUGCUCGGCCACGUGUCCAUGCUCACCUCGGUCGCGCUGGCCUCGCGCGCGGCCGACGGGAGGCCCUACAUAGUCACGGCGGACCGGGACGAGCACAUUCGCGUCUCGCGCGGGAUCCCGCAGCCCCACGUCAUCGAGGCCUUCUGCCUCGGCCACGGGGAGUUCGUGAGCGCGCUCUGCGUCCCGGCCGCCCGGCCGCGCCUCCUCGUCUCCGGCGGCGGAGACCCGGACCUCUUAGUCUGGGACUGGCUGCGGGGCGCGCUGCUCUCGAGGGCGGACCUGCUGGGCCACGUCAGGGGCGUCUGCCCCGAGAUGCCCGCCGUGGCCGUCUCGCAGGUCCGCUACUUCACGAUCGGGGGCUCGGAGGGGGAUGACCGCUGCGUCGUGGUGGUCGCGUGUGAACGUGUGCCCGCAUUGUUCUUAUUCGACCUCACCUCCGAGGGUGUCCUCCGUCAUGUACAGAGCGUUUCUCUUGGUGGCAAUCCGCUUGACUUCAGGGUCGUGCGCCCCGAUGCCCAACCCGCCAUCAUCACGACGCUGCAUCUUUCGGCCUCGGCUGGGGAUCUCGCUGCUACGGCCGAGCCCCUUUGUGUAGUCCAAAGUGGUGAUAGCGGCCAAUGGACCGCCUCGGGGCUUUGUUUGCGACCCAGCCCUACCCCGGUGAUAAGUGGAAAGGAAGACGAGGAACUCUCGCGGGACGAGCUGGAGGCGGCUCUAUACAACAUCGAAAGUCUCCGUAAAGCUCCUUCGGACGAGAAUGUAGAAGCAGAUCCAUGAAGAUCGAAGCAAAUAAUACCAAUAAACAGCAAAAGUUCAUGUUCCCUGAG